GCAACACAGAGUCGCGUGUAUGACGCAAUCGUUAGCCUAUUUUUACAAAAACCUCUUCUACGGGCCAAAACGUAAGAUACAAGAUCGAAUAUUGUACACGUUGUGAUUCAAGUUUUAGCUGGUUGUUAUAAUUCAUGGCUUAUAACGCUUUAAAGCAGUAAUCUACAAAGAGAAAAGGUGAAUGAAAAUACUCCCGGAACCUGUAUGUCGAAAAAGUGGGCGGGCGCUGCAGUCUUGCACAGACUUCAGUAACGGUCGAUUUGCACUGAACCGGGAAAAAGACAGCAGAGUUGUUCUUCUUCGUAAUAUAUUAACAAAACAGGAGAUGCUUAUGGACCAAAUGCGAAUUAUCUUUAAGACCCUCCAGUGUAUGCAAUCAAGUCAGGAGACAGAGAUAGGCCUAGAUCGAAAUUUGUUGCCUCUCAAAGAUCUCACUUCUCUACAGAACAUGGAGGAUAAUCUGCGGAGUACUCCUGACCUCCAUAAGCAAUUGGUAAACACACUGGCUCUUAAAGGUGGGGCGAACGUGCAGGAGUCUGUUUGGAGAAUCAUGCAUGGUCUGUUUACCAACUCCUUGGCGAGGAAAGUUAACAUGAGGGGAUUGAAUGGAAAGAUUAGCUUCCUACGCCUACAGAUACGAGAUGUUGUGAUUGCGGCUGUGAGACGUAACCGUCUAACAUCUGAUGCCACAGAGAAAGACAUUGAUUCCACCAUUAAAAAAUGGCUGUAUCUGGCCCCAGACAGAGAUGGUGGACGAAAAGAAAGGAUGAAGAACAAAUUGCAUAAGGACAAUAUGACUGGUUAACAGGCUUUAGGCAUGGAUGUUCAGUCCAGAGUUCAACUUGUUCAGUGACAGAAUCAUGACUGUUUCAGAGUCAUUUGAAGAGUGCUACUUGUUCCUAGCCAUAAACGUGGACGGAGUGUUUUGUGAAGUGAAACUUGUUGAUGACUAGAAACAUGUUCUAGUGUUAUAUGUUUAGUGAAUCUUGUUCGUGACCAGAAACAUGGACGUUCAAGCAUUAGGCAAAGCAAUGAAACUUGAUGACCAGAAACAUGGAUGAUCAAGUAACAUUUAAAGUGAAACGUCAUGAAAAAUUUCAAAAAAACUGCACUUGUUUUAUUUUUGUUUUUAUUAUUUUUUGCUGAACUGAGAGAGGUGUGCCAUUUUAGAUAGGAGUUGUUU